AUGCUUGAUCAAUCACUCUGUUCACUUAUUGUGUGUAAUAUCAAUCAAGUCCACAGAGAAAACCUUUCACUUGUUGUGCGUAAUAUCAACAAGUCGAAGGUGGUGUUAGAGUUCCAAUUCCGCGGGUUCUCUAGUAUAGCCACUCGAUCCAUUCAUCUUUCAUCCAACGUUGGAUCCUUUGUGUUCCAAUCCGCUCAAUCACUUAACCUUCAAGCCGAUCUAUUCCAAGGGCGUAUCAAUGUUCAAGGUCAAAAAGCAGCUGAGCCAACUCCAAAUGAACGUAAUAUGAUGGAGAUGGCUUGCUGCUUCAAGAACUAA